CGCACAACCCGCAGCUAUGCCUGUACCAAGCCAGCAGGAGCAGGAGCGACGGAAGCGACUUGGUAUCAACGCCGAAACCGUCACGAAUGUCUCCUCCACUGACUUCCCCGGCCACUGGCCUGGUGAAGACCACUCCUGGGACCUGGACUACUUCAAAAAUAAUUUCCGCGUCCACUUCCACACAAACUCCCCCCUCGACUCCUCCUUCUCCCUCACCUCCAUCGACACUUCCCUCGCCAACGCCUUCCGUCGGAUCCUAAUCGCCGAGAUCCCGACCCUCGCCAUCGAAAAUGUCUUCAUCUUCCAAAACACUUCCAUAAUCCAAGACGAGGUCCUCGCCCACCGGCUAGGCCUAAUCCCACUCCGAGGCGACCGCUCCGCCCUCUCAUGGAUGAAAUGGUACAAGCGGCCCGACCCCGGUGACCCCGCUGCCGUCCCUCCCGAACUCACUGACUACAACUGCGGCAUCCUCCAGCUGGAAGUCAAGUGCCAAUGGCAGGACGGUGGGCUCCAGCGCGCAGCCGCCGGCGAAACAGACCCCAACAAACUCUACCUGCACCAUUCCGUCUAUGCGAAGGAUAUCGAGUGGAAGCCCGUCGGCCGCCAAAUCGACCUCUUCGCUAAGGAUAAACCGCUCGAGCCGUGCAACCCAGAUAUCCUGAUUGCGAAAAUGCGGCCGGGACAGAAGAUCCAGCUCAUGAUGCACGCGUUUAAAGGCAUUGGACAGGACCACGCGAAAUUUUCCCCCGUGGCGACGGCAAGUUAUCGGCUGUUACCCACGAUUGACAUUCUCUCCCCGAUCAUCGGCCCGGAUGCGAAGAAAUUCGCCCGCUGUUUCCCCAAGGGCGUCAUUAAUCUCGAACCCAUCACUCGAGCUGACAUACGACAAAACAAAGAGUUAGAGGGAAAAGAGAACGAGCUCAAAGCGGUCGUCAAAGACCCCAUGCGCGAUACCGUGAGUAGGGAAUGCCUGCGCCACCCGGAAUUCAAGGACAAAGUCAAGCUAGGACGUGUCCGAGAUCAUUUCAUAUUCCGGGUUGAGAGUACUGGACAGUGGGACAGCGAUGAGUUGUUUCUUGAGAGCGUGCGCUUGCUGAAGGUUAAGUGCCAGAGGGUGAAGAGGGGGUUGGAGGCUUUGACGAGAUGAGUCAUGUGACGAAGUGAGCUUGGAGGACGAAGCAGGAGCUGAGACCGGGCGUCACUUGAGAAGACUAUUGUCGUGAAGUCCAGGAGGUAGUACUCCCAGCACCACCUCUACCUAUGCCUCUACUCCCACCUCUACUGUUGAAAUGGAAUUGUUUCCAUGAACCUCGCGCCUAUGGAUAAGAUUUUCGACGGCCUUGUGUCACACCUGGAAGAUUUGGUUCGAGCGAUUCAGGGAAAGGCAAGGGAGGCGUAUGAUAUCGGGUUAUGCAUUGCAUUGCAUUUUCUGGCGUCUGGAGUGGACUCUUUACGGUGGGUGAAUGGGUGGGCGGAAGUUAAAUGCAAAGGUUUUGUAUUAUAUCAUCGCGGGCAUGGCUGCGAUGCAGUGGAC